AUGACGUUUGACGGCGAGGACGGCCGGCUGCUGGCGCACGACUUCGGCUUCGGCCACGACGAUGGCUCCCACGACGCCCGCAACAGCCCGCGAACCGAUAGCCCCGCGAGCACCGACCUCGGCAUCAUCACCAGCGCCCUCAAGGCGCCGCGCUCCGAGUUCGACCACGAGGUCAAGACGCCGCGCACCCCCGGCCGGGUGCAGUUCGACCUGACGCCGCGCAUCCUCAACUUCAGCGACGCGCCGCUCGGCCGCCUGUCGACGUCGACGUCGUCGUCGCUGUCGUCCGACGACCGCUUCGACCUCGACGACGCCGCCGCCGCCGCCGGCUACGACUCGCACCGCGUGCCGCUGCUGACGGACCUCGAGGCCCCCAGCGUCACCGUCGCCCGCGAGUGGGACGAUGCCCACGGCGACGAGGAGCACGCAAACGCCGCCGAGGCCGAGCUGCGGCGGCCCAAGUCCGGCCUGCAGUCGGCGUUCAUGAACAUGGCCAACUCCAUCAUCGGCGCCGGCAUCAUCGGCCAGCCCUACGCCAUGCGCCAGGCCGGCCUGCUGGCGGGCACCCUGCUGCUGCUGGCCCUGACCGUCGUCGUCGACUGGACCAUCUGCCUCAUCGUCAUCAACAGCAAGCUGAGCGGCACCAGCAGCUUCCAGGGCACCGUCCAGCACUGCUUCGGCCGCCCGGGCCUCAUUGCCAUCAGCGUCGCCCAGUGGGUGUUUGCCUUUGGCGGCAUGGUGGCCUUUGGCGUCAUCGUCGGCGACACGAUCCCCCAUGUGCUCACGGCCAUCUGGACGGACUUGGCCAGCGUGCCGGUGCUGGGGCUGCUGACGGACCGGAGGGUGGCCAUUGCCGUCUUUUGCAUGGGGAUAAGCUAUCCUCUGACUUUAUACCGGGACAUUGCAAAGCUGGCCAAGGCGAGCACGCUGGCCCUCAUCGGCAUGCUGGUCAUUGUCGUGACGGUGCUGGUCCAGGGCGUCCUGGUCCCCUCGGCCGAUCGAGGCUCGUUCAGCACGCCGCUGCUGACAAUCAACGGCGGCAUCUUUCAGGCGAUUGGCGUGAUAUCAUUCGCCUUCGUCUGCCACCACAACUCCCUCCUCAUCUACGGCUCCCUCAAGACGCCCACCAUCGACAACUUCUCCCGCGUGACGCACUACUCCACCGGCGUCUCCAUGCUCGCCUGCCUCAUCAUGGCGCUCGGCGGCUUCCUCACGUUUGGCGACAAGACGCUGGGCAACGUGCUCAACAACUUCUCGUCCGACAACUCCAUGGUCAACGUGGCCCGCCUGUGCUUCGGCCUCAACAUGCUGACGACGCUGCCCCUCGAGGCCUUUGUCUGCCGCGAGGUCAUGAUCACCUACUUUUACCCCGACGAGCCCUUUGACCUGCGGCGGCACCUGAUUCUCAGCACGGCGCUGGUUGCCGGCGCCACGACCCUCAGCAUGUUGACGUGCGACCUGGGCAUCGUCUUUGAGCUCGUCGGCGCCACCAGCGCGGUGGCCAUGGCGUACAUUCUGCCGCCCAUGUGCUACAUUAAGCUGACGACGAGAAGCUGGCGCACAUACAUGGCUGCUGCCAUUGUGGUCUUUGGCGUGGCCGUCAUGGUCAUCAGUGUGAUCCAGGCGGUAGACAAAAUGAUAAAUGGUAAGUGUCUAGAUUACUUAUGCUGCCCGGCAGACUUGAACCACUGUUUCUUUGCUAACGAGUAUGCCAUACAGGUUCAGAGACCACGGCGCAAUGCACUUAGAAUACAAAUGGCCGACCGCGCCCCCCACGAAACGACGUUUUUUUUUUAG